UCACGACAACAACCUUGCUCCAGCGAAAACAGCAAGCUGGCUCUGGCAGACAUGUGCAGGCCAAGGAGAUUUACUGUGCAAACUAUUUCCCCAUCAAUCAAUUUCUGCCACAAUCUUUGGACUGAACAUUUGAGGAGGUGCUGUGCAGCAGAAGAUGGCUGUGUGUCUGAUGUGUUCCUCUGCCUAAUGAGCACCCAGCAGAUGGAGACGCAUGUGUUCGUCUGUAAAGCGAUGAAGAGAGAGGGCUAUGUGCAGAGGUGGACUGGCGUCUCACUACCACAGCCAUGGGUGGAGCCAAGCAGAGGUCGAGCAAGAUGCUGGAGUUGAGCUAAAGCAGCCCAUCCCUCCCGUCCUCCUCUGUUGUGUGGGGGAAAGAAGAUGACCGUCACUAGCCGGCAGUCCUUCAAUGUCCUGGCUGUCAUCUUUCUUCUGCUGUCUACCGCAGCUCUCUCAGCACACUUCCGGGUGUGCGAGCCAUACACUGACCACAAGGGGCGCUACCACUUCGGCUUCCACUGCCCGCGUCUCUCCGACAACAAGACCUACAUGUUCUGCUGUUACCAUAACAACACGCCGUUCAAGUACUGCUGCAAUGACACAGAGUUCCAGCACGUCAUGCAAGUCAACUUGACAACAACCCCAGACGGUUACACACACAACAAUUACACAGCCUUGAUCGGCGUGUGGAUCUACGGCUUCUUCGUCAUGGUGCUGCUGGCUCUGGACCUGCUGCAUUACUCAGCCAUGAACUACGAGCUGUGCCGGGUCUACCUGCAGAAGUGGGGGCUGGGCGGCCACUGGCUCCGGCAAGCCAGGGUCCAGUGGAAGAGCCCUGAGCAGGAGGAGAGCCAGCUCCAGACCCAGUCCGCAGCCGGCCCCCUGGGCCCAGGCCUCUACUCCCACCCCAGACACUGCCUCAGAGGAGAUGCCCAGAGCCCCACGCUGCUCCCGCUGCACACGGCCGACGCCUGGUGA